CUCUCCCUGAAGAAACCGCUGCUGCCUUGUGAUAUAGCCAAACAACACGCCUUCAAGAAAAGCUGACCCAGGGAACCAUGAAUGCCACAUUCCUUCAGCUCACCAAUGGAUCUCUCAACUCCACUGAUCGUUGCCCCAGAGACAACAGGAUUACUCAUUUGGUCUUCCCAGCCCUUUACACCACUGUGUUCUUCGCUGGGAUGUUUCUGAAUAGCUUGGCUUUAUGGGUUUUCUUUCGGAUUCCCAGCUCAUCUACUUUCAUUGUCUACCUUAAAAAUACCCUCGUGGCGGAUUUGAUAAUGACUCUGACACUCCCUUUCAAAAUUCUCUCGGAUGCAAACAUUGGACCCUGGCAAAUCCGAGCUUUUGUUUGUCGUUUCUCAGCAGUGAUCUUUUAUGAGACCAUGUACAUCGGCAUCAUCUUACUUGGACUCAUUGCUUUUGACCGCUUCCUCAAGAUCAUCCGGCCCUUUGGGAAAUUCCGUGUGCAGAAGCCCGGUUUUGCCCAAAUCCUUUCUGUACUGGUCUGGCUUUCCUUAUUCUUCCUUUCCUUGCCGAACAUGAUCCUGUCUAACAAGGAAGCCACACCGCAGUCGGUAAAAAAGUGUGCUUCCCUAAAGGGCCCCUGGGGCCUUAAGUGGCACAAAGUAGUCAAUUAUGUGUGUCAGUUUAUUUUCUGGACUGUCUUUUCUCUAAUGCUUCUGUUUUAUGUGGUGAUUGCCAAGAAGGUAUAUGAGUCCUUCAGAAAAUCCAAAAGUAAAGAUGCUCAAAGCAACAAAAAUCUAAAAGGCAAAGUGUUCAUUGUCGUGGCCGUAUUCUUUGUAUGUUUUGCCCCCUUCCAUUUUGCAAGGGUACCCUACACUCAGAGCCAGACCAACAAUAGUAAGACCGACUGUGCUGUUCAGAACCAGCUGUUCCUGGCGAAGGAAGCCACUCUUUUCUUGGCCGCUACCAACAUCUGCAUGGACCCCCUGAUCUACAUAUUCUUAUGUAAGAAAUUCACAGAAAGACUGCCCUGUGUGAGAAAAAUGAAAAGGACCAGCCAAGAAAAUCACACCAGUCAAACUGAUAACAUAACUUUGAGUUGACAGGAUUUGUGAGUAACUCCCAUCAAGCCUGUGGGCUUGGAAGAAAUGUAGCAUGGUUUUGCCCGCUUUGGUUGGGGAAAUGGAAUUUAAGGGUUAAAACAAAGUGUUGGGGCAGGGGGAAGGGGAUGAUAUGACUGGGAUGUACGUGUUCUGCUAUUACUUGAUUUUCAUGAAUGUUGCAACAGAAAAGAUACAGUUAAUUUUAACUUCUGAAUGCUACAUAUGAAGAAAGGGUUGAUUCAAAUGAAAGGAAUUGUUCAUUAGACUUGGGAGGGAAAAAAAAAAAGUUACUCCAUCUGAGAAAGGGUUGAUUUCUAUGAAAAGAUCUCAUUCUCUUAAGAGAGUAUUUGACCACUAAAGGUUACUUCCAACUUAAAACAACAGCUUUAAAAUACCCGGGAGAGGCCUAGUUUGUUGAGAUUUAUACCCCUAGUAUGAUCAUCAUGUUCUCUCUAAAACUUUGAAAUUCCCUUGGUGUGUUACUUCCCCUUGGUGGCACUUCUGAUGAAUCCAUAUGUUAUGGACAAAUGACUUUGUUAUCUGUGGUCAGUUCUACACUUCCCUGAAUCCAGCGGUAUAAUUACUUCUCUAAAAACUUCUCACUCUAGUUGUUUAAUAAACAUGCGUACUGUUCCCGUAAGCGCAGGUCUGCCUCAAUUUCUCUGGCUGUUAAGGGUCUCUUCCCCCAACUCCUUCCUCCUCUGGUGACACACGCUACCUGUGAGGCUUUGGACAAAUCACUGAACCACUUUGGGACCAGGUUACUUCAUCUGUAAAGUAGUGGAGAUGGAGUUGACUUCUAAGACCCUUUGCCUCUCAAGACCUAUGAUCAUAUGAUCCAGCUUCUAUAUUCACAUCUGUCCACGUGUUGUUUUCCUGCUAUUAGACACUAAUCUCCUUGAGGGCAGGAACAGUUGCUUUGUAAUCUUUCUCUCCCGCCCCUCUAGUACUAUGCAUGAAUGGAAAUGAAAUUUCAGAAGAGACCAAAUCCUUUAUUAUUUUUGUAAUCCACAAAAUGGGACAAUUCUAGACCUUGGGAUGUUAGAUUCAUAAAGGAUUUUAGAUGUCAUUGGGUGCAACCCUGUCAUUUUACAGAUGAGGAAACAGGCCCAAUGAGCUUAAGAGACUUUAUCCAAGGUUAAAUAGCCAGUAAGGGGAAGAAGAUUCGGGACUUGAACUCAGGUCCUCUGAUUAAAGAUUCAGAGCUUUUUCUACUACUCCAAGCUGACUCUCGUUUAUGGUCUAUUUGCUUUUAAAGAAAUAGAAAACCCAAAUGGGCUAGUGUAGGGGAAGCUGACUUCUUAAUAAUGACAUAGGGAUUGAGAGGAAGAAAGAAGUUCAUCAGGUAUUCUAUUCCCAACCUCCAAAUCUCAAAUGGAUGACUUAACCUAACCUCUACUUCUUAGGAUCCCUAACUCGCUUCAAAGCUCCAAUGGGAAGCCGUUCCUGAUCUUUCUCUCCACCCCCACAACCCGGUUGUUAGCAUUCUUUUCUUCUUCAAAUGACCAUACAUGUUGUUGUCCUAUCCAAUUCUUCAUCACUUUAUUUGGGGUUUUCUUGGCAAAGAUACUGGAGUGGUUUGCCAUUUCCUUCUCCAGGUCAUUUUUACA